ACAUACAGUUACACCACCAUCCGUGCAUUAGUUUCAUCAUGAGCAACGGUAACGUUCAUAAUGGCAGCGCACCGGAGGCCGAGUAUACACCAAAGAACAUCCUAGUAACUGGAGGGGCCGGUUUCAUCGCCUCUCACGUCGUGCUACUUCUUGUCAAGAAGUUUCCCAAGUAUAAAAUCGUCAACCUGGACCGACUGGACUACUGCUCCUGUCUGGAGAAUCUGGACGAAAUCAAGUACUACAAAAACUACAAGUUUGUCAAGGGCAACAUCUGUUCCUCUGACCUCGUGAACUACGUACUUGAAGAGGAAGAGAUUGACACGAUCAUGCACUUUGCGGCCCAGACCCACGUGGACAACAGCUUCGGCAACUCCUUCUCCUUCACGCAGAACAACAUUCUGGGGACGCACGUCCUCUUGGAGAGCGCGAAAGUCCACAACAUCAAGCGCUUUAUCCACGUGUCCACGGACGAAGUGUACGGGGAGGGAGCGGCGGACCAAGAACCCAUGUUCGAGGACCAAGUCUUAGAGCCCACGAAUCCUUACGCCGCGACCAAGGCGGGCGCCGAGUUUAUUGCCAAGUCCUACUCUCGCUCUUUCAACCUCCCAUUGAUCAUCACGCGCGGAAAUAAUGUCUACGGUCCCCACCAGUACCCGGAGAAACUCAUCCCCAAGUUUGUCAACUUGCUGAUGCGUGAUAGGCCGGUGACGCUGCACGGGAACGGCCUCAAUACCCGCAACUUCCUCUACGUGGAGGACGUGGCGCGUGCGUUCGAAGUAAUCCUGCACAGGGGUGUAACGGGCAAGAUCUACAACAUCGGGGGCACCCACGAGAAAGCGAACAUCGAGGUCGCCAAGGACCUGAUCCGGCUAAUGGGCCACGGGAAGGAGGAGGAGAAGAUGCUGCAGUUCGUCGAAGAUCGAGCCUUCAACGAUUUGCGAUACACGGUGAACAGCGAAGCCCUCAAGCAGUUGGGCUGGCGGGAGAUUGUGUCGUGGGAGGACGGACUGCACAAAACGGUGGAGUGGUACAAGCAGCACACGGGCCGGUAUGGGAACAUUGACUGUGCCCUAGUGGCCCAUCCCCGCUCUGGAGCGGUACACGAGUUUUCGUAGGCGAGACGACAUCGGAAAGAGCUUAGACGUCCGAGAAGAUGAGAAGGACUUGGUGUCGAGGGUAUGUGUCUGUGUAUAAUAUAGGAGGACCUUGCUUGGUCCGUGCCUGUUCCACCGAGAUGCAAGGGAGAAAAGAGGCUGACGGUGGUCAAGGUGGCGUGAAGCCAUGAAUGAGAAGACAUAGUGAAUUAAGGCCAGAGGUAUGUCUCUCGACCGCACGUGCGACCUGGGGGUAGUAUUUCAUGACAUGGGGUUUAUUUGGUGGGAAUGUAUCAUGCACCCAUUUAUCGGUGUAGCGGAGUAGUAAUCUAAGACGGAAGCGGCCAAAGUACCUGUGUUCAAGCCCAUGCCAAAAUAUAUUGGUUCAACGCGUCCACAAGAUCUCUUCCAGUUAGUUCUACCUCGUGGCGCAUAAUAUUUUGAUGGAUAAGAUUUAGACGGUUUCAUGCCAAGAGGAACGCCAUAGCGACGAACGGAAGCAUAAAGUUUUCAGCCGAAAGCAAUGAAAAGAGGAGAUAUGUAGGAGGUUAGUGAGAAAAUUUUAUUGGGACGGUUAGCGCACCGUCCCAUGUAUGACGGAAGAUGGUAUCGAUAUUCAAGUUUCAAAGAACAAUGAAAAUUAGGCUCUUCAGAGGAA